AUGGUGGAAUCUAAAGAGUCUGUGGGCGUUAUUGGAGCUGGGCUCGUCGGUGCGUUGGUGGCACUUGGUCUUGCCAAGCAAGGGUAUAAGGUCACACUUUAUGAUCUUCGUUCGGAUCCAAGAACCGCCAAGGAGACGAGCCUACGGUCAAUUAAUCUGGCCGUUAGUGAGCGAGGUAUCCGGGCCUUGAGAUACGUUGAUGAGGAAAUGGCCGAGCGAGUGUUAGAUGGAAUCAUUCCCAUGCACGGCCGGAUGAUUCACGAUCUGGAUGGAAACCAGGAAUCCCAGUUGUAUGGACUUUUCGGUGAGGCCAUCAACUCCAUUGACCGCAAGAAGCUGAAUCAAAGCCUGAUUGAGGAAAUUGAGCUUUUCAACUCAACCGCAAAAUCCAAGAUUGAGCUGAUUUUCGAGGCCAAGGUCACCAGCGUGCAAGUGAAUGGCGGAGUGACCAUCGAUUACGUCCAUGCUGGCGAGCCUCAAAGAGACCACAAAGAUUUCGUGGUGGGUGCGGACGGCACUUACUCAGUGGUGAGACAAAGUCUGCAGAAGCUGAUCAGAAUGAACUAUAGCCAGGAGUAUAUUGACAUGUGCUACCUGGAAAUGUACAUUCCUCCAGGCCCAAAUGGUAGCUUCCGGAUCGACCCCAAUAGACUGCAUAUCUGGCCACGCAAGACGUUUAUGCUGAUUGCCCUGGCCAACCAGGAUGGAUCGUUCACGUCUACGUUUUUUGGUCCCUGGGAGUUAGUGGAGUCGCUCCAGUCGCCCAAGACCAUUGAGUUUUUCUUCAAGAAAAACUUCAAGGAUGCCAUUCCGCUGAUCGGCCUCGAUAAAAUAAUCGAGUGUUUCACCACGUAUCCGCGGGGUGCGCUGAUGCAAGUGAACUGCAGCAAAUACAAUUUCGAGGACAAGUGUAUUAUUAUUGGAGACGCAGCUCACUCAAUGGUGCCCUUCUACGGCCAAGGAAUGAACUGUGGGUUUGAGGAUGUGCGGAUUCUGCUAGAGCUGCUUGAAAAAAAUAGACACGAUAGACGCACUGCCUUCGACACGUAUACGGAAUCAAGGGCUGAAGACCUUAAAGCAAUCCUGAAACUCGCGCUGAGAAACUACCACGAGAUGUCGAGCGACGUGACUUCUUCCAUUUAUCUGUUCAGAAAGAAGUUGGAUGGUGUUUUGGGCAGAUUGAUGCCGCAGCAUUGGAUUCCGCUCUACACUAUGGUGUCCUUCAGAUCGGACAUCAGCUACUCGGACGCUGUCAAAUUCAGCCAGAAGCAGCAGCGAAUCCUCAAAUGGGCCGAAUGGGGCGCCGUGGGCUCAAUUUUGGCAGGCAGUGCACUGUAUCUAGCCAGAAGAAGUAAGUAG